AUGAUGGAGAUUAUGAUGACAACUCCUUUCUAUCACAGUAAUGGAACCGAUCUGUCCAGCACAAAUGGUUCGUCGGAGGAAGAUGAGUAUGAUGACUACAAGGACGAGCAUGCCGAACUCAGGCAGUCUCUCAACGUCAUGUCUCUCAUCGUCUACUGUCUGGCCUUUGUACUUGGGGUUCUGGGCAAUGGAGUAGUCAUCUGGGUCACAGGCUUCAAAAUGAAGAAAACCGUCAAUACAGUUUGGUUCCUCAACCUUGCCGUGGCUGAUUUCCUCUUCACAGCUUUUCUGCCCCUGAGUGUGACAUACACUGCUAUGGACUUCCACUGGCCUUUUGGCAAAUUCAUGUGCAAACUUAACAGCACUGUAAGCUUCCUAAACAUGUUUGCCAGUGUCUACAUACUUGUGGUCAUCAGCAUUGACAGAUGUGUGUCCGUGGUACGGCCAGUCUGGGCCCAGAAUCACCGGAGUGUACGCAAGGCAUCCUGUGUGAGUCUGGGUGUUUGGACACUGGCCCUGGUUCUCAGUUCGCCUUACUUCAUCUUCAGGGACACUGGCGCAUCUUUUAACGAUGAAGACAUUAUUAACUGCUUCAACAACUUCGCAUUUUCUGAUGAUGAAACACCGUCCGUGAUUCAGCUGGGGCAUUUUCGCCACCAGGCCAUGAUCAUGACUCGCUUCCUACUAGGAUUUGUGGUCCCAUUCACUAUCAUCGUCUCCUGCUAUGCGGUCAUAAUCCACCGUCUCAGGAGGAACCGCUCUCUGGCCAGCCAUUCAGGACGUCCCUUCAAAAUCAUUGCUGCUGUUAUUACAGCUUUUUUCUUGUGCUGGGCUCCCUAUCACAUCAUGGCUCUGAUUGAGAUGAUGAAUCACAUGGCCGCUGAGUUCAGUGUUACAUUAGACCAUGUCACCACCAUUGGGGUUCCUAUCGCCACCAGCCUAGCCUAUCUUAACAGCUGCCUUAACCCCCUGCUUUAUGUGUUCAUGGGACAGGAUUUCAAGGAUAAGGUUCGCAGAUCUAUCCUAAAGGUCCUGGAGAAUGCUUUCCAGGAAGAGGCUUCUCGAUCAAACACCUACACAAACUCUGGGAUUACCAGUCGCAGCAAAGAGAAGUCCUUUUCUGAUGCUGAGGUAUAGGGGUGAAAAAACACUUGCAAAUAGCAAACAGGAAUUUCCCCUUUUCUUCAUACAAGGACCCUGUGGGCUACCUUCAUACAGUUACUGAAGCUGAGACAAUGAUUUAUAAAAUCUCACCCUUGGGUGAAGUUGCCUGUGAACCCUGAUCCCAGACCAGAUUCAUAAUUUAUACUUGACGCAUGACCCUAAUCUCAACCUAAACCUUAUCCAAGCCUCACUAGAAAACAUUGAACAAAUGUGGACCAUGUGGAAACAGUGUAGAGAACUGGUUUGGGACAAGUGUCCACACCCAGCUUCACCCCAGACUUAGAAUCUCAAUCAGCCCAAAGCUGCUAGACUUCUUAAAGCUAUAGUUUAAACAUUUUGAAGUGCAACUUAUGGUUCACAGGCUGCAUUUGUGGUUUAUGUUUUGCCACUUACAGUCGAUGAAAACCAAGCUCAGUUGUUUAGCCGAUUGAAUAAUUAUUUUUCAGUGUAUGCUGCAUCCUACAAAUUUUCUCAUCUUCUUUGCAGACAUUUAUUCAUUUUGCUCAACAAUUAACCGUGAAACAAUGGCUCAUAGUCUAUUUUUCUAACAUUUGCAUAGUUUUGAAUAUGAAUUUUCCUUUUUAAAUUGGUAACAGUUACGGAGUUUGUCUGACCAAAGGCAUGGUUACCUUGUAAUCCAUAUUCUUGGUGCCUUUUCUCUAGAAUUUAUGUUGUUUGCAAAUUUGUAACAGUGCCACAGCAAACUUUCAGAUUACUUUUGCUCUCUCGUAACCAAUUACGUUCUUAAAAUUGUAAUCAGUAAUGAAAGCUACUGGAUGACUCCAGUGAAGUCUUGUUACUUUUGACUACUUUCUUAUUACUUUGUCCCCAAAAUUCAUAAAAUGCGAAGUAAAACAAAAGUUAGAGUAAAUGACUGUAAUUUUUGAUAUAUAAAAGCAUUGUUCCAGGCUGUGCCAUAAUCUCAAUAUCUUUUUCACUCCCUGUAAUAGAUAUCAUUUUCAUAAUCGGAUUACUCAAAUCUCAUUCAUGUAUUCAAUUACCUCCAAAUCCUGACAUGACCAAACUCUGUCUGUAUGGCUUUGGUUAAGAAUGUGUGAAUAUAUCCUGUUUAUGUUAUUUCAUACAUGGCCAUUUUACACAUUAUUAUUAUUAUUAUUAUUAUUAUUAUUAUUAUUAUUAUUAUUGUUUUUAUUAUUUUAUUGUUGUUGUGGUGGUUAUGGUUGUUGUGGUUAUCAUUACUAUUAUUAAAAU